AUGGUGGUUGUAAAUGACGAGAAGCUCCUCAGGAUUAUGGAAGAAAUGCUUACCCUCAAGAGAAGCGAGCUCAGAAGACUUGAGGCAGCAUACAAAGGCGUGAUAGAGUACGAUAAGUGGGUUGUUCCAAAGGAAGGAAUUAAAGGCAGUAGGUUCGACAGCACGUUACUCAAUAAGGUGUAUAUAGGCAAUAUUGUGGCCCCAAGAGACUCGGUCCAAGACCUUCUAAGCGUCUUUGGCCCAGUCUCCGUGACAUGCAUAGGUAACAAGGAAUGUGCAUUUGCAGACUUUGACAACCCGCAUGCUGCCUAUCUAUGCAUGAGGGAAAUCGACGGAAUGGUAUUUGAGGGAAGAGCUUUGAAGGUCGGAAGAACCUCCACAUUUCCGUCAGAGAUUCCAAAAGAGCUCAGGCCUCCGGACGAAUCUAUUGUUUACAUAUCAAACAUAGACCUGAAUAUUGAGGAAGAACAGCUUGAGGAUAUCUUCAAGAAGAUGGGGGAGAUUAAGGGUGUAAGACUUGUCUAUGAAUCAUCGUUCAUGCACAAGGGCUAUGGAUAUGUGCAGUUCUCGAGAUGCAUCGACGCAAAAAAGGCCCUAGGAUAUAGUAACAAGAUCAGCUUCUGUGGAAGGAGAAUGAGAAUAGGGCCCAGCGUGGUCAAGAUGGAGCUGCCCGAAAGAAGUUACUUCGCGAUUCCCAGGGAAGUUUUUGAGAUAAAGAAGAGGAUCGAAAGCGCUAUAUUUGGGACGGGAAAAAUGGUUGUUUUAAGGAACUUAAUAGGUGUAGACGAUGCCGACGAUGACUUUGACCAGGAGAUGGAGAACGAGAUGAAGAAGUAUGGAGAUGUUGUCAAGUUCGGGGUGUCCAAGGAAGGAGAGGUUGUCGUGUACUGCUUAUAUUCUACAGAGGAUGAGGCCAAGCAUUCGUUUAGCAUCCUUAACGGACGAUUUUUCGGGGGAAGAAGGAUCCGUGCGGAAAUGUCAUGGGGAGAGUUUCCCCUGUAA